AUGGAGAACCAGUGUGAGGGAUAUGGAGAGCAGACGCCUAGUCCGGCGCGCACGACCAGCGUCCAGCCUCAUGCAGCUUCCGCGCCAACCGCCGACCAGACGCCUAGUCCGGCGCGCACGACCAGCGUCCAGCCUCAUGCAGCUUCCGCGCCAACCGCCGACCAGACGCCUAGUCCGGCGCGCACGACCAGCGUCCAGCCUCAUGCAGCUUCCGCGCCAACCGCCGACCAGACGCCUAGUCCGGCGCGCACGACCAGCGUCCAGCCUCAUGCAGCUUCCGCGCCAACCGCCGACCAGACGCCUAGUCCGGCGCGCACGACCAGCGUCCAGCCUCAUGCAGCUUCCGCGCCAACCGCCGACCAGACGCCUACUUCCGCGCCAACCGCCGACCAGACGCCUAGUCCGGCGCGCACGACCAGCGUCCAGCCUCAUGCAGCUUCCACGCCAACCGCCGACCAGACGCCUAGUCCGGCGCGCACGACCAGCGUCCAGCCUCAUGCAGCUUCCGCGCCAACCGCCGACCAGACGCCUAGUCCGGCGCGCACGACCAGCGUCCAGCCUCAUGCAGCUUCCGCGCCAACCGGCGGCUAG